AUGAGUAUGGAAGAUUAUGAUUUCCUCUUCAAAAUUGUUUUAAUUGGCAACGCCGGUGUGGGGAAGACCUGCUUAGUCCGUCGCUUCACACAGGGGCUUUUCCCACCAGGUCAAGGAGCCACAAUUGGGGUUGACUUUAUGAUUAAAACUGUGGAGAUAAACGGUGAAAAAGUAAAGCUGCAGAUCUGGGACACAGCAGGACAAGAGCGCUUCCGGUCCAUCACGCAAAGUUACUAUCGCAGUGCCAACGCGUUAAUCUUGACCUACGACAUCACCUGCGAAGAGUCCUUCCGGUGCCUGCCUGAGUGGCUGCGGGAGAUAGAGCAGUACGCCAGCAACAAGGUCAUCACCGUGCUCGUGGGUAAUAAGAUCGAUUUAGCUGAUAAGAGGGAAGUCUCCCAGCAAAGAGCCGCUGAGUUUUCCGAAGCACAGGACAUGUACUACCUGGAAACCUCUGCAAAGGAGUCGGAUAAUGUGGAAAAACUCUUCCUGGACUUGGCCUGCCGCUUGAUCAGCGAGGCACGACAAAACACCCUUGUGAACAAUGUCUCAUCCCCCUUACCAGGAGAGGGGAAAAGUAUCAGCUACUUGACUUGCUGUAAUUUUAAUUGAAGAGCUGGCAUCUGAUUUUCCCCUUCUGCCAUGGGCCAAGAGGAUUUUUC